AUGUGUUCCAAUAUUGUGUUCAGUUUUUUGUGGGCGCUUUUGAUUUUCUUUUGGUUUUCUCGAGCUCUAGCAGCUCCCGAAAGCACACUAACGUCUGGAGCCGACUCGGCGGAGCCAACGCCCGAAGAACUGCAAUUUUUUGAAAAGGAAAAUGAACUACUCCGCAAGCGUUAUCAUGAGGAGAACUUGGCUUCCUUUGCGUACAACACUAAUGUGACGGAGGCAAAUGAGCAGAAAAUGGUUGCAGUGCUGGCUUUCAAUGCAAAGAAGAACAAACUGCUGGCUGAAACCAUCAAAAGGGCGGGCUAUGAGAAAAGCAGGAAUGCCAAUAUUCGCAGACAAGCACGCUGGCUAACCAACUUGGGCUUAGAAGCGCUGAAUGAGGAUGACUAUCUGGAGGUACAGAGCGCCAUAUCUGCCAUGAAGUCCCACUACGCUACAACCACAGUCUGCUCCUACACCAAUCGUACUAAUUGUAAGCUCACACUGGAGCCAGAUGUGCAGGAGCGUUUUGCUCACAGUCGUGAUGCGGAUGAGCUGGCCUGGUAUUGGAGCGAGUGGUACAACAAAUCAGGAACCCCGAUGCGGAACAACUAUGCAAAGUAUGUGCGUUUGUCGAGGAAAGCGGCACAGCUUUACGGUUAUGCCUCUUAUGCUGAUUACUGGCUACACUUCUACGAAGAUCCGGGGUUUGAGAAACAGUUCGAUAACUUAUAUCACAGGUUAUUGCCCCUUUAUCGUCAAAUCCAUGGCUAUGUGCGGUAUCGUCUGCGUCAACACUAUGGCGCCGAACUGAUACCUGCGGGGGGCAAUAUUCCUAUGCACCUGCUGGGCAAUAUGUGGGCUCAAACCUGGACCAAUGUCAUUGAGCUAAUUACGCCCUAUCCCGAGCAAAAGUUCGUAGAUUUAACUGAGGAAAUGAAGCGGCAAGGGUACAGCGUUCAUAAGAUGUUCGAGCUGGCUGAUGAAUUCUUUAAAUCGCUGGGUAUGCGGGCUUUACCGCCCAGCUUCUGGAACUUGAGUAUGAAAACACGCCCCAAGGACCGUGAAGUGGUGUGUCAUGCGUCUGCUUGGGACUUUUAUCAGGAUAACGAUGUGCGCGUUGCAAUGUGCUCAGAAGUCUCCACAAAAUAUUUAUCGACUAUUCAUCAUGAGCUCGGACACCUUCAAUACGCUUUGCAGUAUGAUAAACUGCCGGCGGUAUUUAGAGACGCGGCCAAUCCUGGCUUCCAUGAGGCCAUUGGCGAUGCUGUCACUUUGUCGGUGAUGUCAGCCAAGCAUUUGAAGGCGAUUGGACUAAGCCAAAUAGGAAAACUGGAUGAGCGCACUCGUAUCAACGAGUUGUUCAAAAAAGCAGUGACCAAAAUUGUGUUCCUCCCCUUUGCCUACACUAUAGAUAAAUAUCGGUUUGCUCUGUUCCGUGGACAAAUCAAAGAGUCGGACUGGAAUUGCGCAUUUUGGAAAAUGCGCUCAGAGUUAGGAGGACUGGAGCCGCCCAUAUAUCGUAGUAAUAGUGAUUUCGACCCACCUUCCAAAUUCCACAUUACUGCGGAUGUGGAAUAUAUGCGUUACUUCACUGCCGAUUUUUUACAAUUUCAAAUGCACAAGGCCCUAUGUCGUCUGGCUGGACAUAAUAGCCCUAACAAAUAUGACCCGAUGCUCGACAACUGCGACAUCUUUGGCAGCAAGGAGGCUGGCAAAGCCUUUAAACAAUUUCUAUCCUUGGGAAAAUCGCAGCAUUGGAAGAAGACACUGCAAGAAUUGACUGGCGAAACAGAUAUGAAUCCAUAUGCCCUCCUAGAUUACUUUGAACCGUUGUUUCAGUGGCUCCAAAAGGAAAAUCGUCGUCUUAACGUCCCGAUCGGCUGGCCGGAAACAAAUAAAAUUCCAAGCGAUUGCAGAGCACCGUCAAUAUUGGACAAUUAAAUAUCAUUACAUAAAUGAAUUAAGAAUUUAUUGAAGUGUUCUUAAAGAACGUUCUCCGCAAUGUCUUAAUAGUCUACAAUACCUUUUGAUCUUUGUAUUCAAUUGAGGUGUAAGAUAUCAACGUACCUAAAUAAAACCACUUGUUAAUU